UUUGACAUUCUUAUCUACUUUCAGAUUAAAUGAAAUCAUCUGUUACAACUACACAUAGUUCAACAUUAUAUGUCUGACAUGGAAGAACAUACACAUAACUUAUGCGCCAGUGUAACUAUUGAUAUAAACGGCUAUAACAGAGCCCUUUAAUAACUUUUUCAUAAUUUAUAAAAUAAAUAUAUCAAUGCAUUUUUCUUGAUAUAUAAAAACAUAAAGAUGUCAACUGAAGAAUAUGAUACUGAAAUGGAUUAUUCCGACUCAGAUUGCGGAGAUCCAGGUUAUGAAGAUUAUUAUAAUGUGCAACCAUGGGAUGGUGAAGGUGAUAAUGAUAUAGAUAAUGAUCAAAGCAGAAGAGAUCCUGAAUAUGCUGUAUAUGAUUGUUUGAGAAUUGAAGAAGUGGAAAGACUUUUGAAUGAGGAUGUAGAAUUGUUAAGUAAUAGUCUUCAUAUAACACCAUCCUUAGCUAAAGUUUUAUUACAUGCGCACAAUUGGACAUUACAAGAUAUCAUCACAAAAUACCGUACCAAUGCUUCCAGUUUAUUAAUUAAUUCAAAAAUAAAACCAUUACCUCCAUUGGAUUCAUUAUCAGAAUUAAAAAAUCAAAGGAAUGGAUUAUGUUCAGUUUGUGUUGCAAUUUAUCCAGCUGAGAAAUUUUCUACAUUGACAUGUGGACAUUCAUUUUGUAAAGACUGCUGGUGCAUGCAUUUUGAAGUACAAAUAACUCAAGGUAUUUCUACAGGAAUAAGCUGCAUGGCGCAAGAUUGCAAUGUCUUAGCUCCAGAAGAUUUUGUUUUAUCUCUACUUACCAAGCCUAACAUGAGAGAAAGAUAUCAACAGUUUGCUUUUUGUGAUUAUGUAAAAUCCCAUCCACAAUUAAGGUUUUGUCCAGGGCCCAAUUGUCAAAUGAUUAUGCGUUCAAAAGAACAAAGAGCAAAAAGAGUGAUGUGUUCAUCAUGUAAAACUGUAUUUUGUUUUCGAUGUGGUAUUGAUUACCAUGCACCUACUGAUUGUAAUACUAUGAAGAAAUGGUUAACAAAAUGCGCAGAUGAUUCAGAAACAGCUAAUUAUAUUAGCGCCCACACCAAAGAUUGUCCAAAAUGCCAUAUUUGUAUAGAAAAAAAUGGUGGCUGCAAUCAUAUGCAAUGUUAUAAUUGUAAGUAUGAUUUUUGUUGGAUGUGCCUUGGAGAUUGGAAAGCACAUGGAAGUGAAUAUUACGUAUGUUCACGUUAUAAAGAGAACCCUAACAUUGCCCAUGAAAGUGUACUUGCACAAGCCAGAGAAGCUCUUAAAAAAUAUCUUCAUUAUUAUGAAAGAUGGGAAAAUCAUAGUAAAUCAUUAAAAUUAGAAGAGCAAACAUUGGAAGCUAUAAAAAUGCAAAUAAAUAAAAAAGUAAUGAACUCUAGUGGAACAUGGAUUGACUGGCAACAUUUAUUUGCAGCUGCAUCACUUUUAACACGUUGCCGUUAUACUUUGCAAUAUACUUAUCCUUAUGCUUAUUAUAUGGAACCUGGUCCACGUAAAGAAUUGUUUGAAUAUCAACAAGCUCAAUUGGAAGCAGAAAUAGAAGAUCUUUCUUGGAAAAUAGAACAUGCAGAAACAACAAAUCGUGGAGACUUAGAAAAUCAAAUGGAUAUUGCUGAAAAGCGUAGAGUUACUUUACUAAAGGACUUCCUUGAAGUAUAAAUAUUAAGUGAUCAUAAAUAUUCUAUUAUAUCAAUCUCUUUUACAGUCAGGCCAAACUUAUAAGAUAAUUAUAGUUUAAUUCUUGAAGUAUUAUAAUCCAACAGUUAUUAUUUUUUAUAUAAUAUGCAUUAGUUAAUUAUUUGCUAUAAAAAAAAAGUUCAGAAAUGCAUAGAAUAGAUUAAAUUGAUGAUAUUUUAGAAAGUA